CCACUUUCGUCUCCCCUACCCUCUUCUUCUUCUUCUUCUUCUUCUUCUUCUUCUUCUCCUCCUCUUUCUCCGGGAGCUUCAUCACCUGCAUCUUUUUGCCAAAACCCCUCUGCGAAACUCUCUCUGGUGACAAUUGCCCUUUCCCUUCCUCCAGUACUCGCCUCGACGCCUUCUGUCUUCUUCCUCUUCGCGCCCCACCUCCCCUGGAUAUUCCUUCCCCGCCGCCGCCGGGACGCUCUUCUUUCCGGUAGAGGCGCCUCGAAAUCAACCGACGUUGGUUCUGUGUACCCUUUUCUGUUGACGUGGGGACUGAUUGAUUGAUGCCCGUUCUAUUGUCUUGAUGAUUCCAUUGGCGAACUCGGUCAAAGGCAUUUCCUGGUGCCUCGUUCACCUUUUCAGCUUGGACUUCAGUUUCCUGGGCGUUGUGUCUGAUCUGCUUUCGGAUCUCCGCAGUCUUGAUUUUUCUGAGUUCUGGUCAGUUUUAUCUACCGCCCAUUUCCUCUUUGGCAGAAUUCUUUGAGUUGGUUCUCUCUCUCUCUCUCUAGCCCUUCAGCUCCCAAACUUUGGUGGUAGGUGCUAGGGUUUGAUGACCGGAUUUUAGAUGGAUUUCCAUUUCUGAUAUCAUUUAUCAACUGUUGCUAGCUCUUUUGAGCUGAAAGGUUGUUGAUUCUUCUGAGGGUGCCGGAGUUAUUGCCGAAUUUGGCCGGUUUUGUGGCUUAUGUAUGCGGAAGACCGUAUGCACAGUUCAUUACGGUUACCGACCUUGAUUUUCCCUUUGGUUGGUUGAGUAUUCUAAAGACGGUCUCAUUUGUUCGUUUAAGUGUGUAGCCCUUUAGGCUAGGGGAGCCGGGAGGGUUACCCUUCUGUGGUAUUACUUGCCAAAUCAAUAUUUGGUGUCAUUUUAGGAGAUCGGCUCAUAUUGUUUCCUGUCAUAGACUCAUAGUGAGCAAUCAUCAGCUAUGUAAGUAGUGUUGUUAGUAGGUAUCUGGCACUUUGUGCGGUGGUAAUCCUGCUGCCUGCAAAAAUGAAUGCAAACGGUAGUUAUUUUGUGGAAUGGAAAGAACAAUUUGUUUCACAAGAGCGUGGGAACCGCGUGGUUCACUAUUUCCUGAAAGAUUCUGCUGGAGAAUCCAUACUGGCGAUUGUGGGUACUGAAAGGAGUGUUAGACACAUGUUCUAUGUCGUUGCUGAGGAGUUUGUGCAAGCUUAUGGUGCUGAAAACUCGAUUCAUGCUGGUUUCAAAUGGAGGUCGAGAAGAGAGGUUAUAGAUUGGCUUACAUCUAUGCUGUCAAAGCAGAAUGUGCAAGGCGAUCAUUCCAGACAAGCUUUGGAAUCACAAGAGUUUCCUGUGACUAGUUCGGGUGGACAACAUACACAGGGCCGACACUUGAGGAUUGUGAAUGGACAUCGUUCAGAAAUUGUAUGGUCUGGAGUUGCUUGGACUUGUGGGAAACAGCUCAAGCAUUUCCCAGCAUUUUGCAGGAAUGGAACAACUAUGGCGGCUCAAUCAUUCGUAUUUGUGAUGGCUGAAGGAGAGAAUCAAUAUGUUGCCUAUUUGGAAGACAUGUAUGAAGACAAGAGGGGUCAGAAAAAAGUCAAAGUAAGAUGGUUUCACCAUAACCUAGAAGUCAAGGGGGUUGUUCCUCUUCGAAGCGCUCAUCCGAAAGAAAUCUUCAUUACACAAUAUUCACAAGUCAUCAGUGCAGAGUGUGUCGAUGGUCCUGCCACUGUUUUAACUCUUGAACAUUAUGAGGAUUGCGUGGCUUCCAUUCCUAGUUCAUUUUCAGCCAGGAUCCAUUUAUGUUUCCGACAGUAUAGGAACAAUAAAGUAAAACCUUUUGAUUUGAGUAAGCUUCGUGGCUACUUUGAUCAACCUAUUCUCUCUUGCUUGAGUUCAAAGCAUUUUCUUGAGGCAGACGAUACUGGAGAUGGCAAACGUGAUGAAGAAGAUGAAGAGUUGAGUGCAGGGGAAAAUGUAAAACUAGGAGUGAAGAGGGCCAGGAGCAUUGAAGGGCGUCAAAAUUUCGAGAAGGAUGGCAGCCAGGUGGCCGGUUUUCGAGCAUUUUACUCUGGUUUAAAACCUGGGGUUUCUGGCAAGCGACUGCUUCCUCUGAAUAAUGUUGAGCUUAAUCCUUGGAGUGCUGCACUAUUCAAUGUUAAUGAGAAGAUUGAAUAUUUAUGCCAAGAUAGUGGGAUAAGGGGAUGUUGGUUUAGGUGUACAGUCCUGCAGUUUUCCAGAAGACAAAUAAAAGUCCGAUAUGAUGACUUGCGGGAUGAGGAUGAGCGUGGAAACCUUGAGGAAUGGAUCCCAGCUUUCAGAUUGGCGGUGGCUGAUAAACUUGGUUUGAGACGUUUAGGCCGCCUAACUAUUCGGCCAGCGCCUUCAAACAAAGAAACAGACCUGAGCCUUGAGGUUGGGUCUGCGGUUGAUGCUUGGUGGAGUGAUGGCUGGUGGGAGGGUAUUGUAACCAGCAUCAACAAUAACAGCAAUGCUGUUCAAGUUUACUUUCCUGGUGAAAAGUUCGUUUUGAACCUGCAAAGAAAGGAUAUUAGAACCUCCCAAGACUGGGUGGAUGAUCAUUGGAUUGACAUUCAGCCAAAACCAGACAUACUCUCAGCAAUAUCUGCAACUAUAAAAUCGCCCAUUUCUUCAUCUACUGCAAUGGGCAACAGAUGCAGCAUCGCACCUGCACCCUGUGCUGAAAUUGAUCAAACUGAUGCUAUUGAAUGUGGAAAAACUGCUGAAACUACAUUAACUAGCGCUGAUUGUGGUUCGGAAGAUAUGGACUCUGACAAUCCUAGUCAGCCUAUAUCAACUGAUGAACAUAUAGAUGGUGGUGAUGUUAGACAGCCUAUCGCAAGUGACAAAAGCUGUGCAGAUGGUGGUAGUGACAUCAAUGCCAAUAAUCAUAAUAAAGAGGACAAGGACAAUGCCAAUAAUAAAGAGGGCAUUCUUCCAGUUGAUGGAGUUGCUGACAUGGAAGUUAUUAAUGAGGGUGCAGAACAUCAAGUUGGUGCUGAUGAUAACAACGGUGAGGAAUUGGAGAUGAAGCUGUUUCCUUCUUCUGGCAACAAUUGUAAAUCUAUAGAACUCAUGGAGGUCUCAGCUUAAACUUCGAUGUUUCUUCUGCUGCAUUGGAUUGUUGUGGAGCUCAUGGCUUGGAUAUAAUUUGUAGAAGGGCUCUGUGUAAAUAGUGACUACUGAUAUGGGAAAACUGACAGUACCCGUCAGAUUAUCCCUUCCAGCAUCCAAUAGAGAUCAUAGAUCUACAGGUUGGUGUAGUGUUAGAUAUAUCCUAGAUUCUUGUUGUAGGUUUUGAGUGUAUAAAGAUGGGGGAUUCAAGCUCUUCCUAAUUGAUGAGUCAGUAUUCUAAGUCUUGUCAUUGA